AAUAAUUUAGAUUUCAACUACUCCGAGGGUUGUUUAUGAAUGGCAAGCCGCAUGUAGAAGGUGAGAAUGGCCUUGGACAGAGCUGAGUGCCCCUAUCAAUAAUCUCAUUAGUUUCAGUUCUAUCUCUCUGAGAAUUCUCUGCUACUUCUCUCAGGUAAACCUGUUUGCUUCUCGCGGAGAAACCGAUGGAUAUCUGACGUUCUUGAGCUUCAAACCUUUUCUUUUCCUGUUCCUUUUGUCACUAGGAUGUUCACAACUAUGUUUAUAUCCUAGUCUUUGAUCUGGUUUAGGUAGUUCAAUUUUUAUUUGGUCUGGGAUUCAGCUUCUUAAUUUGAUACUAUAAAUAGUUAUGGAUCCUACGCUUUCUGGGUUGCCCGAUUUCGUAAACGAUGUCUUGGUCGAUGAUGACCAUGCAUUUUCACCCAAUUCCAAUCAAUACCCUGAUAUUUUAAACGAGUACAAAUUCAAUUUGCCCUCCCCGGACCUUAGCUUCCUUGAAAGUUCAUUGCUUUCGCCUGACCUGGGUCACACUGAUUUCGCUCCGCCGAUAACUGUGGCCCCAGCAGCGGAGCCAUAUGCUCCGUCCGCUAGCGAUAGCAUGAGCACACUGUCUGUGGGUACGAGUCCGGGGGGAGAGUCGCCAUCAGACGACAGUGAGUUCUCGGAAACGGUUCUCAAGUUCAUAGGCCAGAUACUUAUGGAAGAGAACAUAGAGGACAAACCCUGCAUGUUUUACGACCCUUUGGGUCUCCAAGUCACCGAGAAAUCGUUCUAUGAUUCUCUCGGUCAGAAUUACCCUUCUACCCCCAAUCUUUACCAGGAGGAACCAACUUAUGUCAGUCACAACUUGGGAAGCCCUGAUGAUGUUUUUUCUGCAAGCAGUGGUGGUGAUUAUGGUGUUAGUAGGAGUUCUAGCACUGAUCCACAGUGGGUCAGUGGUGUUGGGGAGUACAAGUCCUCUUUUUCACAAGCUGUUGAUCCUGGUGACUAUGUUUUCCAGCCUAAUUUGCAGCCCACUAAUGGAUCGCAGUUCUUAGCCAAUCAGUUGAACAGCGUGGCUAACAUCGGUGAUGGCAUGGAGCUUUUGGCUCAGAACAUUUUUGCUGAUAGUGAAUCUGUGUUGCAAUUUAGGAGAGGGUUAGAGGAAGCUAGUAAGUUCCUUCCUAGGGGCAAUCAGUCAGUUAUUGAUUUGGGGACUAGCAUGGUAUCACCAGAGUUGAAGGGAGAGGAUCAAAAGGUGAAACUCAAGGUGGAGAAGGGUGAGAGAGAGAUUUCACCGGAUGGGUUGAGGGGAAGGAAGAAUCAUGAGAGGGAAGAUGUAGAUGUAGAAGAAGGGAGGAGUAAUAAGCAGUCUGCGGUUUAUGUGGAAGAGAGUGAAUUAACAGAUAUGUUUGAUAAGGUGUUGCUUUCCACCGAAAAACUUUCUCUGCUAUGUGGUAACAAUAACAAUGAACCUGUGCAGAAUGAAGCAAGCAAGGCAUCGCAGCCAAAUGGGCAGCCGCAAGGAGCUAAUGGUGGGAAGAGUCGUUCUAAGAAACAGGGCAAAAUGAAGGAAACGGUUGAUUUGAGGACUCUUUUGAUUCUAUGUGCACAAGCUGUCUCGGCAGGUGACAGUAGAACUGCAAAUGAGUUACUGAAGCAGAUUAGGCAGCACUCUUCCCCUUAUGGUGAUGGUUCUCAGAGGUUGGCCCAUUUCUUUGCUAAUGGACUUGAGGCACGCUUGGCUGGCACUGGCACUGGCACAGGAACUCAAAUUUUUUAUAGUUCCUUAAUUUCAAAAAGGAUCUCUGUUUCUGAAAUAUUGAAAGCUUACAAAGUUCAUAUUUCAGCCUCCCCUUUCAAGAGGACCUCGCUAUUCUUUGCUACCAAAAUGAUUUAUAAAGUAGCAGAGAAAGCAACGAGUCUUCAUAUUAUAGACUUCGGUAUCGAAUAUGGUUUCCAUUGGCCACUUCUGAUCCAUAAGCUCUCAAAAAGAGAUGGAGGACCUCCCAAGCUACGUAUUACAGGGAUAGAGUUUCCCCAACCUGGAUUCCGUCCAACAGAGAGUAUUGAGGAGACCGGUCGUCGCUUGGCUAAGUAUUGUGAGCGGUUUAAUGUUCCUUUUGAAUACCAUGCUCUAGCAUCACAGAACUGGGAGACUAUCCAAAUUGAGGAGCUCAAGAUUGAUAGGAAUGAGAUGCUUGCUGUGAACUGUAUGAACCGGUUUAAGAACCUACUUGAUGAGACAAUUGAAGAGACCUGUCCACGGAAUGCGGUUUUGAAUUUAAUCAAGAGGAUAAAUCCCGACAUUUUUGUCCAUUCUAUUGUUAAUGGAGCCUACAAUUCCCCCUUCUUUGUCACACGGUUCCGAGAAGCACUCUUCCAUUUCUCUGCAUUGUAUGACAUAUAUGAUGUUAAUUUACCCCGUGAGAACGAAAAGAGGUUGAUGUUUGAGAGAGAGUUCCUUGGGAGGGAGGCUAUGAAUGUUGUAGCAUGUGAGGGCUUAGAGAGGGUUGAGAGGCCUGAGAGUUACAAGCAGUGGCAGGUCCGGACUAUAAGGGCUGGUUUCAGGCUGCUGCCAUUGGACCCAGAGGUGAUGACCUUGUUCAGGUCUAAGAUUAAGAAAUGGUACCACAAGGAUUUUGUACUUGAUGAAGACAACCACUGGAUGCUUCAGGGAUGGAAAGGCCGUAUUCUCUAUGCUAGCUCUUGUUGGGUGCCGAAUUAGGAUGUUUGUGAAAAAAUUCAUAAUUGUGGGCAUGGCCAGCAAGGAGACCUUAGGUGUUUUUAUAAAUGGUGGUAGAACUAUGGAUAGGAUAAAGGACUGCAAACCCUUUUGAAGACACUGUAAUGACUCUAAAACUGUCUACUGACUUGCUUGUUGGGACUCCUGUAGUAAAAUCUGUUUGAUAUUUAGAUGAACUUCCACAUUACUGGAUGUAAUAGGAGGGAUUUGCCCUUCUUCUUUGUAUAUUCUUCCAUGAGCUUGAAGUUGUGUGUUUGUUUUAUCAGAUGUACUAAAAGAAAGUAAAAAAUUACAUCAUUUCUUGAUA